ACCCGCCUCUUCUCUUUGCCUCCCGCAUCCUGCACAUCGCUCCAUCUGUGCACUGGCCGCGUCCCAUUUGGGAAGAGUCGAGUACUGCUGGCCGUUCUCUUGGGAAGGGAGGUCGGUGUUUUUUGGGGCGGAAGAGCUCGGAAAUUCCUGCGCUAGGCUCUUUGGCCGGAGGGUGGAUGAGGUUGAUGCUUCUCUGCUGUACCUGGAAGGACGAACGCAUGGGCGAGGACGAAGCUAGUGGAAGAUUGCCGUUGUGUGCGGGAUGCAGAAAACACAUAUAUGAUGAACAGUACCUGCAGGCUCUCAACACUGACUGGCACACAAUUUGUUUCAGAUGCUGUGAAUGCAGUGCCUCUCUGUCGCGCUGGUACUAUGAAAAAGAUGGACGUCUCUUCUGCAGGAAGGAUUACUGGGCUAAGUUUGGCGAGCUGUGUCAUGGCUGCUCCGAGCCCAUUACCACCGGGCUCAUUAUGGUUGCAGGCGAGCAGAAGUAUCACCCUGAGUGUUUCACCUGCCUGAACUGUCGCACCUUCAUUGGCGAUGGAGACAACUACGCUCUGGUGGAGAGGUCCAAGCUCUACUGUGGACACUGUUUUUAUGAGACCAUCGUGACCCCAGCGACCGUGCCUGACUCUCCAUGCCCACGAAUUCCUCACACAGUCACGCUGGUGUCUAUUCCAGCCUCCACAGAUGGAAAGCGUGGCUUCUCUCUCUCCAUCGAUCAGAGCAACAGCCCAAACAGCUACAGUACCGAAUACAACCACACGGUCCGCGUGUCUCAGGUGGAUUCCGAGUGCAUCAGUCCAGACGUGAAGAACUCCAUUCAUGUUGGUGACCGCAUUUUGGAGAUCAACGGGACCCCAAUUAGGAAUGUUCCAGUUGAUGAGAUUGAUUUGCUUAUCCAAGAGACCAGUCGACUUCUGCAGCUCACCAUCGAGCAUGACCCCCUAGAUUCUGAUAACCCCAGCAGCUCGUUUGAGGAUCAAGUGGACGGACCGAGCCCACUGCCUGAGAAACACAGCCUGGUUCCACCAAUCACACAGCCACCGAAUCAUGACAUCAACAACCUGCGCUCCCGCGUGAUCACGCGUAGCUACAGCAUCGAUAAGUCACCGUGCUCCAGUAAUGCAGCGUCCCCUAUGUCUCUGAGGAAGGAUAUCGGACGCUCCGAGUCUCUCCGCGUCGUGACUAACCGCACGCACAGAAUAUUCCGUCCGUCCGAUCUCAUCCAUGGAGAAGUGCUAGGAAAGGGGUGUUAUGGUCAGGCUAUUAAGGUGACCCACAAAGAAACGGGUGAAGUGAUGGUCAUGAAGGAGCUCAUUCGCUUUGACGAUGAGACCCAGCGGACCUUCCUUAAAGAGGUAAAAGUAAUGAGAUGUCUGGACCACCCCAACGUCCUGAAGUUUAUCGGUGUCCUCUACAAAGACAAGCGGCUGAACUUAAUCGCAGAGUACAUCAAAGGAGGCACCCUCAGGGACAUCAUUAAGAAAAUGGACAGUAAUUAUCCUUGGAACCAGAGAGUGAGUUUUGCCAGGGAUAUUGCAUCUGGAAUGGCCUACCUCCAUUCCAUGAACAUCAUCCACCGUGAUCUCAACUCUCACAACUGUUUGGUCAGAGAGAACAACAGUGUUGUGGUGGCAGACUUUGGCCUUGCUCGAUUAAUGAUCGAAGACAAGAACCAGGACAAACUGGGGAAACUCCAGGGGGUGAAGAAACCAGACAGGAGGAAGAGAUACACAGUUGUGGGCAACCCUUACUGGAUGGCCCCGGAAAUGAUUCAUGGAAAGAGCUACGAUGAGAAGGUGGACAUCUUUUCCUUCGGCAUCAUGCUGUGUGAGAUUAUUGGGCGAGUCAAUGCAGAUCCAGACUACUUACCCCGAGCUACAGACUUUGGUCUCAACGUGAACGGUUUCCUGGAGCACUAUUACCCUCCAGAUUGUCCCCGGUCUUUUUUCCCUCUGGCAGUCUUGUGCUGUGACUUGGAUGCUGAGAAAAGGCCUGCUUUUGCAAAGCUGGAAGAAUGGCUUGAAAAGCUGAAGAUGCACUUGGAAAUGCGCUUCCUGCUGGUCUCGGAGUUGGAGCAGGUCCAUCUAGACUUCUGGCAGAAGCAUCCACCUGAUGAGAACAAGCUGCCACUCAUCAAGAACAGUCCGAAUAGCCAAUGAGGAUCAGAUCUCAUGUUGUUCGUGGUGUUCACUCGGAACGUUAUGAAAAACCUGCUGGAUCAGGAGGGCUUGGGCUUGGCCAUGGGUUCCAUUUCUUGCUAUUGGACUGGCAUUCAGUGAGGUUCUCUCCAUUAUAGGAGGUGCACAGUAGGAGCUGGAUAACACGGUUAAUGCAGAUUUGGUGGGUUUUGAAGACAACAUGGGAAAUUCAUGUUCCUUCCUGCUGUAAUCCAGCGCAUCAUUCCUCUACUGUCACUUUAGCAUCUCCCGUGCCUCACUGAUAUUGAGUGUACACAAUUUCACUGAAUUAUUGAGGUCAUGGCUCGUUCUGAAACGUGAAUCUAUUUACAUUUCAUUCAAUCUGUGUAAAAAAGGGCCCAUUUUCUACAGGCACCUUGUUCUGCAAGUCAAACAAGACAGUAGUGCAUGUAUGUAAAUAGUCUUGUUUUUCUGCCCUGCUUGUUGUUUGGCAAUUGAAUACAAGACAAAACAAGACUCCUUUGGGAUGAAUAAGUGUGUACAAAAUGCUUAGUUUAGUUUUGUCUUUCAAUCCAUGUAGCUUAGACAGUGUUUUGUCUAAAACAGGGGUGUCAAAAUUAUUUAAAGUAACAGGUCACAUUAGACUUAGUCCAAUGUCAAGUGAGCCAAUAACACAUAAUAACAAGAGCUCCUUCUGAAUGUGUUCAUUUAUCAGCAUUUUGUUGAGUGGUAUAAUCAGACAUUUUCUGACUAGACAAAAUAGAUAGAUAGACGUCAAUUCAUUGCAUCCCUCCUGCAGAUUUUACCAUUCUGUGCCUUGUGUAAGUACUUGCCCCUUUGUUUAUCAUUUUUUUUGUAAAAAGAAAUUAUGUAUACGUACAUUUUGACGCUAGCGAAGUUUAUGGCCCUGAAUUAAUUGCAGUAUUUUGCUCCCCUUUCAAAAUAACAGAGGCUAGAUUUUUAUAAUUUUAUUUAUUUACAGUUCACAAGUCGUUAAAACAAGGAUUUUAAGGCCAUUUGGGGGACCACAUCAGGGUUGAACCUGGCCAUACAGAAUGUUUGACACCCCUGUAUUAAAACAUGGUACUGUCUUUUUUUGGUACAUUACAUCAUUUGCACCGUGAAGGUGAGACCCUAAAAUAUAUUCAAGCAAAAAUUCACAGUGUAUAUACCUAAUUAGAUUACAUGAUCACAUCUUGUUUUAGAUAUUGUACAGACAUUAUUUUGUAUACAAUUAUGCCAUUUGCCAUAUUUUUUAUUGGGUUGUGGGUUAAAAUGUAAGAGAUUUCAUACAGAACAGGAUUUUUGUCCUAUUAGCCCCUCUGCAGGUGACCAGGGCUGUUUUUUCUUUAAUGUCUAGCUUUCAUGAGUGUUUUAUUUGCACAUACUUGCACAUACUUUAUUUCGGUAGUAGUAUUACACACUGUAACUUUUGUUCUUUCACAAUCAGUGUUUAGUGGCGCUUAGGGCAGACUCAUGGUCAUCUUGUUCCAUGUUAACUCUGGUGCAAGAAUGGCGUUAAUGACGAGUGGCAUAAUAAAAGAAUAAACGUUAGGACAUCCACUGUUGUGGCUUGAGUCCGUUGCCACUUCGGUGAAGUCUGCCUGUGUCUCACUAGUGUGUGAAACUCCCUAUGGGAGACGUCCUGUUUACACAAAGUUGCUGCCUGUAAAUAUGUCUGUUUAUGUGGUCAGACUCAGCUGUUUUCCUUGUUUCUAUCUUAUUUUUUCUCCCCUGAAAUUACCCCUUUUUGGGGAUCAACUGCAUGGUGCCUUGGCUGCAUGAGGGCUCCUCCACAAAUUUAGCUAACAGUGAAAGCUGUUUUUAGCAGGAAGUAAACACAGUGGAGGACUGUGUACAGAUAGCAGUCACAGGCCAAGAAACGGAAAAAAAAAUCUUUUAUGUACAGAACCACUGAAAAAUUUUUUUAGAGAUUUUUCCAAUGAUUUAAUUUGCACUAAAUACGGAAAUGGAUAUGAAAAGAGAAAAAAGGGCAACAUUUUUCCCCUAAUGGUAAAAGACAAAUCAUGAAUCAUGUUCUGAUUCUUAUAUGAAUGCAAGACACUGAUAGUCUUUUUUUUUUUUUUUUUUUUUUAGUUUGUCCUGAGACUGUAUUCUCAGCAGCAAAUAAGUGUAAGAGAACUUGCAAGAGAUAUGUGUGUAUAUAUUGUACAUCUGCGAGGUAUCUACUGUACAUAACUCAUUACAUUCAUGAUUGUGUAAGCUGGCGAGAAACUUUUUUUUUAUACCUUUUGUCAUUAUCCUUGAUGUGUUACUGUACAUUGAGUCACGUGAAGGAGAGCAUAGGCCAGCUAUAUUUUUCAGUUAACUGAUUAUAUUCUAUAUACUUUUUUUUUGUGCUGAAACCUAUGAAAGCCAUAUUUUCCCUAGCCGAAGCUUGGCAUCGCAUUGUAAUAAGCCGGAGUGUGUCAAAACUAUUCACACUACAUGUAAAAUAUUGUAGAAUAUGCAAUAGCGCUAGAGAAAUAAAAAAUUAAUAAUUGUAAAACUGGGUAAAAUUCUGUGGCAGAUUUAAUACAUCUCUAUGGUAUUUCAGUACGUAAAUUGUAAGCGUUUCUUCCAAGUUUCAUACACAGGGGUUUAGAGCCACACAGGCUUUUUGCUGCGUAAAAAGAAAGAUCCUUUGCGAAAGACGUUCUGUUUCGUAAAGACUGCUUAAUCAUGAAAUGUCAUUUUCACUGAAUGCUGCUUCACCUUCAUUUGAAAGCACUUAAUGUCCUAGCCUAGUAUUGAACCUUGAUAGUCUAGCUCAGGGCAUCAUUACUGAGAAAAAGAAAAAGUUAUUAUUGAUACUCGUAUUCCACAAGUACAAAAUCCCGACGUGCAUCUUGGCUUUGCAACAAUACACAGUAUAUACAGCAAAAUUUUGAUCCAUGUGAAGUGUAUGGGCAUGUAAACCUGGAUGUGUUUCCACCGUUACGUCAAGCAUGAUGACUGUGAGCUUUUAUGUGCGAAUGCUGCAGCAGUCCUUCUUUGCAAAGGAUCGUUUUACCUCUGAAUAUUGCUGUGCCUUUGUUUUAAGCUAGCCUUGCCAACGAAUUAUAACGCAUUUUGAUUUGUUUUGGUUUUGUUUUUUUUGGUUUUUGAUCAAUUUCUUGUCAUUGCUGAUUUUUUGAGGUGAGACUUCCUGUUGCUUUCAAUAUUUAUGCUGUAUUCUCCAUACACAUUGUCCGGUCUGGUAUUUAGGUUUAUGAAUUUUCUUUCUGUUAAUUUAAUAGUUGUACACAAGCUGUGAAAAAAAAACAACAAAAAAAAAAACAUAUUCUGCACUUUAAAAUUCUGGCCAUGAAAAUUGAGAAUUCAAGGAGUUGACUAUAUUUGAUUGCAGCAGGAAUAAAACUGCCGCUCCUUAAAAA